AUGUCUCGGAUUCAGUUCGAAGGCGGCGGCGAAGGGAAUGACAAUUCCUUACGGCCAACAAACAGUGAAGUCUCCAAACCGACGAGGCGACAGCGAUGGGCGACUCGGCGGUUAGGGAAUUCGAGCGGAUUAAAGAAGCGGGUUUCAAUCGUUGACCGACUCCAUAAACGCAAUGCAUCUAGCGCAGAGGAAAAGCGAAAUUCGGCUGGUAGCAGUACGGGCGAUGGGAAUAAUGGCGCCCCCAACGAAGGCGCCCCCGCUGAAAGCCAACAAGAGACACGGCGGAUAUACUUCAAUAUGCCCAUACCGGAUGAAGAACGCGACGAGGAAGGAAAUCUGAAAGUGCAAUAUCCGCGUAACAAGAUUCGUACUGCGAAAUAUACGCCGCUGAGCUUCAUUCCGAAGAACUUGUGGCUUCAAUUUCAAAAUAUUGCGAAUCUUUAUUUCUUAUUCAUUAUAAUUCUAGGUUUUUUCCCCAUCUUCGGUGUCACCAAUCCAGGAAUGAACGCUGUGCCUUUGAUUGUCAUUAUCGUCGUGACAGCGAUCAAAGAUGCGAUUGAGGAUUGGCGACGUACGGUACAAGACAAUCAGUUGAACAACUCUCCCGUCUACCGCUUGGUCGAUUGGAUAAACGUCAAUGCCAGUGAGGAGGAAGUAUCAUUGUGGCGUCGAAUUAAAAAAGCAAGCACACGUUUUAUCAUCUCCACAUACCACGCAAUGCAAAGGAACAAAAACAAGAAGGUAGAGGAAAAUUCCGCCGACGAGGAUGACAGGCGAUUUUCCAUGGCAACUUACCGUCAAUCUGUGUAUUCUGAGCGACAGUCUUACUAUGGCGGUAACACCGAAGAUGCCAUUCAAAUGACUCCUGUUGCCUCUCCACAUCCGGAUCCACAGGUUCAGGGAAACGGAUGGCCAGAUGGACCAAAUGAUGUCGACCAAGACUUGCCAGCUGUCAAGGCUGUGCGUGAAAGCGUGGCUCAUGGUGAAAAGAGGGCAGGCACUAUCCUCGACCGCUCGAGGCAGACCCCACAUACUGCGCGCUUCAAACGAGAAUAUUGGAAAAGUGUCAAGGUCGGCGACUUCGUUCGGUUGUACAACGGAGAUCAGAUUCCAGCUGAUAUUGUCAUCCUCUCUUCUUCCGAUCCCGAUGGAGCUUGUAAUAUCGAAACUAAGAACCUGGAUGGUGAGACGAACUUGAAAGUGCGCCAAGCCUUGAACUGCGGACGACAAGUCAAGCACGCUCGAGACUGCGAGAAAACCGAAUUCUUCAUCGAGAGCGAACCUCCCCACCAGAACCUGCACAACUACAGUGCGGCUAUUCGAUGGCAACAACACGAUGAAAAUCACCCCAAUGGCCCACUCCAAGACAAGGUAGAGCCCAUCGGUAUCAACAAUCUUCUCCUUCGUGGUUGUAGCCUUCAAAAUACCGAGUGGGUUCUGGGCGUUGUUGUCUUCACCGGCCCAGAGACGAAGAUCAUGCUCAAUUCUGGAGAGACCCCUACUAAACGACCAGCACUUGCUCGGCAAAUGAACUAUCAAGUUAUCCCCAAUUUCACCAUUUUGUUCAUAUUGUGCUUGGUCACUGGUAUUGUCAACGGUGUCACCUGGGCUUCUCAAGGCUCCUGGACAUUCUUCGAGUAUGGAUCUUAUGGUGGCACUCCACCAGUUGAAGGUAUUGUCGCUUUCUUCGCCGGUCUAAUCUUGUUUCAGAACUUUGUGCCUAUCUCUCUCUACAUCACUCUGGAAAUUAUUCGGUCUUUCCAGGCGCUUUUCAUCUUUUUCGAUCUCGACAUGGUUUAUCAACGCCUCAAUAUGCCCUGUGUUCCUCGGUCUUGGAACAUAUCUGAUGACGUUGGUCAGAUUGAAUACAUCUUCUCCGACAAGACGGGAACCCUGACGCAAAAUGUCAUGGAAUUCAAGAAAUGUACCAUCAAUGGCGUCAUGUAUGGUGAAGCUUACACGGAAGCUCAACUUGGUAUGCAGCGUCGCGAAGGUAUCGAUGUCGAAGCAGUAGCUGCUAAAGCCCACAAGGCCAUUGCUGAGAGCAAGGUGCGGUCACUGGAGCUUUUGAGAAAAAUCAAUGACAAUCCCUACCUGAUUGAUGAUAACCUGACAUUUAUCUCGCCGGAGUUUGCCAUAGAUCUCUCCGGUCAAAAUGGCAUGGCCCAAAAGAAAGCGAUUGAGAGCUUCAUGAUUGCCCUAGCUCUCUGCCACACUGCCAUCACUGAACGUACUCCUGGAGACCCUCCGAAAAUCGAGUUCAAAGCACAAUCACCAGAUGAAGUAGCACUGGUCGCCACUGCUCGUGACUGCGGUUUCACAGUGCUAGGGAGGAACGGCGAUGAUUUGAUUGUGAAUGUCCUAGGUGAGGAGCGUGCUUACACGGUUCUCAAUCUGUUGGAAUUCAACUCCACCAGGAAACGAAUGAGUGCAAUCAUCCGUAUGCCCGAUGGUACAAUCCGACUUUUCUGCAAAGGAGCCGAUAGUGUUAUCUACAAGCGACUUGCACGUGGCCAACAACAAGCGCUCCGGAAAACCACUGCCGAUCAUCUCGAGGAAUACGCUCGCGAAGGUCUUCGAACUCUUUGUAUCGCCGAGCGCAUCCUGAGUGAAGAAGAAUACCGUGUCUGGAACGAAUCGCAUGAUUUGGCUGCCGCUGCUCUCGUCGAUCGUGAUGACAAGUUGGAGGAAGUCGCCAAUGUGAUCGAACAAGAGCUGAUGCUCUUGGGAGGAACUGCCAUUGAGGACAGAUUGCAAGACGGUGUACCGGACACGAUUUCGUUGCUAGCAAAUGCCGGUAUCAAGUUGUGGGUUUUGACUGGUGACAAGGUCGAAACAGCCAUCAACAUCGGAUUUUCGUGCAACCUCCUGAACAACGAUAUGGAGUUGAUUGUGUUCAACGUUCCUGCCGACAAACCUGAGGCUGCGGCUUCAGAAUUACAACGAUACUUGAACAAAUUUGGCAUUCAGGGCACAGACGAAGAAUUGAUUGCAGCUCGCAAGGAUCAUACUCCGCCCGCUGCCACUCACGCGUUGGUCAUUGAUGGAGACACACUGAAACUGAUGCUCGAAGAGGAGUUGAAACAGAAGUUCUUGCUUUUGUGUAAACGAUGCAAGGCUGUUCUUUGUUGCCGUGUUAGUCCUGCACAGAAAGCCGCCGUCGUGCAGAUGGUAAAGAACGGAUUGAACGUCAUGGCCUUGUCUGUGGGCGACGGUGCCAACGACGUUGCUAUGAUUCAAGAAGCAGACAUCGGUGUUGGUAUUGCAGGUGAAGAAGGCAGACAAGCCGUCAUGUCCUCUGAUUACGCUAUCGGUCAAUUCCGCUUCUUACAGCGUCUCCUUCUUGUCCAUGGCCGAUGGUCAUAUCGACGACUUGGUGAGGCAACUGCCAAUUUCUUCUAUAAGACGCUCGUUUGGACCUUCGCCCUCUUCUGGUAUUCGAUCUACAACAGUUUUGAUGGAUCCUAUCUCUUUGAUUACACCUAUAUUAUUCUGAUCAACUUGGCUUUCACCUCGCUCCCUGUCAUCUUCAUGGGCAUCUUCGACCAGGAUGUCAGUGACAAAAUCUCGCUUGAGGUUCCGCAGCUGUAUAUGCGCGGUAUCGAGCGCAAAGAAUGGAGCCAGCGCAAGUUCUGGCUCUACAUGUUCGAUGGUUUUUACCAGUCUUUGAUGUGUUUCUUCAUGCCAUACUUGCUUUACAACCAGGCUACAUUCCAGCGUGGAGACGGGCUGAGUCUCGAUGACCGUCAACAGUUCGGUAUCCUUGUCGCCUCGGCCGCAGUUAUCUCCAGUAAUACAUAUGUUCUCAUGAACACAUUCCGUUGGGACUGGUUGACUGUUUUGAUCAACGCAAUUAGCAGUCUUCUCCUCUAUUUCUGGACCGGUGUUUACACCUCCACCACCGCCUCUGCACAAUUCUAUAAUCACGCGGCCGAAGUUUACGGAACUUUAGCUUACUGGACAGUGCUUUUCGUCACUGUCGUGCUUUGUCUCCUCCCCCGAUUCGCCAUCAAAGCCUUCCAAAAAGUGUUCUUCCCUACCGACGUGGAUAUCGUCCGCGAACAAGUGACCCAGGGCAAAUAUCGCCUUGCCGAAAAAAAUUCCAAUGACACGCAUGGCCCCCCUCAGGCCAACGCAGGUGGAAGUCCCGCUGGCAGCGAUGUUUCAGCGGUAUCUUCAGUGGUUAAACCCAUCGAGCCUCAGGUGAGCCGUGAUCCCAGAGUUCUUGAGGACGAGCGGCCGAUUUACCCGCCUUCUAUCGCGCCAACAAACACCACUCACAAUCCACGCAGUCAAAACGGUAGCAACGCCACCACAUUUACGGCGGACAGCUUUGAUUUCGGCACAAAACUUCCUGCUGUCAAUUCGUGGGAGCGGGAACUGCCCGAAUCAGGAUUAACGAUACACCACCAACCGAAGAGGUCCUCGGUGACCAGCAAUGACUUUCCGAACGGUACUCCAUUGUUGCGAAUCGAAUCCUCCGGCGGCAAGCCUCAAACGCCUCACAGUCCGCUGAGGACGCCGCAUGAUAUACAUGCUGUAUAG